AUGGCUACUGUUGAUAUUAGAUUGGUUUCCACACGUGGGAUUAAAAAGAAAAGUGAUCAUGUAGAUGAAAUUAAGAAUUUGGUGACACCUGGAGAUGUGAUCACCUCUGAUUCCGGCUUCAUGAGAGGUCAUGGAACUUUUAUGGAAGAAGGAAAACUUCAUGCCUCAGUGGCUGGAGUUGUAGAACAUGUCAAUAAACUGAUUUGUGUAAAGCCUUUAAAAACACGCUACAAUGGAGAGAUAGGUGAUGUUGUAAUUGGGCGAAUCAUUGAAGUGUGUCAGCGAAGAUGGAAAGUUGAAACUCAUUCCAAAUUAAAUUCAGUCUUGAUGUUGUCGUCAGUUAAUUUACCAGGAGGAGAAUUGAGAAGGAGGUCCGAGGAGGAUGAAAAACUGAUGAGGCAUUAUUUAAAAGAAGGAGACUUAAUCAGUGCAGAGGUUCAAAAUGUAAUGGGAGAUGGUUGUCUAUCGUUACAUACUCGUAGUUUGAAGUAUGGUAAAUUAGGUCAGGGGACAUUAUUAUCAAUAUCACCCUCGCUAAUUAAAAGAAGAAAAACUCAUUUCCAUAAUCUACCUUGUGGUGCAAGUGUUAUCUUGGGCAAUAACGGGUAUAUCUGGAUUACACCCAAUAUUGAUGACGAAAGCCAAAAUACAGGAGGAUAUGAACAGAAUUUACAACCAGUACCGCAGACUGAUAGAGAAGUUGUAGCCAGAUUAAGAAACUGUAUUUUAGCGCUAGCUGCCAAUCAUAUGAUUAUAUAUGAUACUAAUAUUAUGUAUGCAUUUGAAGCUUCAAUAUCAUUUACUGUUAAAGAACUUUUGAAACCUGAAGUGAUUAGUGAAAUGAUUGAUUUGGUACAACAGAGAAUUGAUAUGGAAGGCACAUAGAGAUGACUUAAAUGCUUAGCGUAUGCUGGUCCAAAAAGGAUCCUCUGCUCAAGAAACAAUAAGAUCUAUUUGAAUAGUACUGGUUUGGUGCAGUAGAAAGGUAGAUUGUGUUCAACUGUCAGAGAGUCCAUGUUGCUUAUGAUGUUGUUUUGGUGAAUUAAUUGUAAAGUUGACAAAAUUUAAUACCAGGUUGUAAUGUUUUGUAUGAAUGCAUUUUCUGUGUGUGCUGUGACGCAUGAAUGUAUAUGGGUAUUCCAAAAAUAAGAAAAGGACAGGAAAGAUACAGUUGAACCAUUUUUUUCUUGACAAAAUGUUUAGAUCAUAAGCAAUAAGAUGCUUUUCAGCUGUGGAUAUCUAAUUUGUAAAUGUUUAAAAAAGAUAUGUCACUUAUAACCUAUAAAUCUAAAGCUUGAUUGAUAUAAAAAAAAAUCGUCAGAGCUGAAAGAGAUAUAGAUGAAUAAAUGCCUGCUUUCCCAUUUGUUUUCAGCUAUGGACAACUUUCCUUACUUAAAUUUGACACCUGUUCUGGACAAAUAAACAGUAUAUGGAGAUAAAUAUCACCAUUUCAUAGGAGCUUCCUGUGAUAACAUAUAUUUGUAAACACGCUUUUGAAAAGAAAAAAAUUAUAUUUGAACACAUUUCAAUGAUGAACAUUUAAGGUACAUAUUACUGAACAAGUACAUCAUUUCAUUCAUUCAUUUUAUAACAUAGAAUUAUUUAAAUAUCUUAUAUAUGAGCAUCAUCUACAUUAUGUAUACGGUACUCAAAAGGUAAUAUAAAGUUAUUUCUUUC